CGGUUGUCAGUCUCGGGAGGCGCAGCGGCUGCGGCGGGGACGCGGUGGAGGCCCGGACUCCUUGGGCCGGCCUCUCUCGUCCUCGUCCGCCUGUCCGAGAUGCAUCCGCGGCGCCCUGAGGGCUUCGAUGGCCUGGGCUACCGGGGAGGCGUUCGGGAUGAUCCGCCUUUCGGCGGCCCUUUCCAUGCGCGCUCCUUCGGUUCAGGGACGGAACUGGGCCACUGGGUGACGACGCCCCCGGACAUCCCGGGCAGCCGCAACCUGCACUGGGGCGAGAAGAGCCCUUCGUACGGCGUGCCGUCCGCGCCCCCGACGCUCGAGGGUUCCGCGGAGGAGCCCUUUCCCGGCGGCGGCGAGGGCCCGCGGCCGGGACCGAGCAGCGAACAGUUGAAUAGAUUUGCUGGAUUUGGUAUUGGACUUGCAAGUCUCUUUACAGAAAAUGUGCUGGCCCAUCCUUGCAUUGUUUUACGCCGCCAAUGUCAGGUCAAUUACCAUGCUCGGCAUUACCAUCUCACUCCAUUUUCAAUUAUCAACAUUAUGUAUAGCUUCAACAAAACUCAGGGACCAAGAGCCCUAUGGAAAGGGAUGGGAAGCACGUUUAUUGUUCAGGGAGUCACACUUGGAGCAGAAGGUAUAAUAAGUGAAUUUACACCUUUACCAAGGGAGGUUUCACACAAAUGGAACCCUAAACAAAUAGGUGAACACCUUCUCCUGAAAUGCCUAACAUACAUGGUGGCCAUGCCUUUUUAUUCAGCAAGUCUGAUCGAAACAGUACAGAGUGAGAUAAUCCGAGAUAACACUGGCAUUCUGGAGUGUGUUAAAGAAGGAAUUGGACGAGUGAUAGGCUUGGGAGUGCCUCACAGCAAACGCCUUCUUCCACUGUUUUCAUUGAUCUUCCCAACUGUCCUGCACGGAGUUCUUCAUUAUAUCAUCAGCUCCAUCAUCCAGAAGAUUGUCCUUCUAAUUCUAAAGAGAAAGACCUAUAACAGCCACCUAGCUGAGAGCACUAGCCCCAUGCAGAAUAUGUUGGAUGCCUAUUUCCCAGAACUUAUUGCUAACUUUGCCGCCAGCCUUUGCUCUGACGUUAUACUUUACCCACUGGAAACAGUUCUGCAUCGUCUUCAUAUUCAAGGAACACGCACAAUUAUUGACAACACAGACCUUGGCUAUGAAGUACUUCCAAUUAAUACGCAGUAUGAGGGAAUGAGAGACUGCAUAAAUACCAUCAAGCAGGAGGAAGGAGUGUUUGGUUUCUAUAAAGGGUUUGGUGCUGUUAUAAUACAGUAUACACUGCAUGCAACCAUCUUACAGAUUACCAAAAUUAUUUACUCCACACUUCUUCAGAAUAGCAUUUGAGAUUUAAGUUCUAUGAUUGGCUGAUCCAAAAAAUGUUGUCUGGAUAAUUUGCUAUGACAUUUCAAGUAAUAAAAGUAAAAAUACUGCAUGGAAAGAAAUAGGCUGGGAAUUACCACUGGUGGAAAACCUCAUGCUAAUUAUUCUGACUUCUUAUUUUUCUUAAGGCAUAGAUAUAUAUAGAUAGAUAGAUAUAAUACUGGAUCAAACCUUUCCAAAAUUGAAAACUCAAUAAAGCUAAUACUUUAAAUUUAAAAUGUAAAGUUACAUUUUAGUAUAACACUCAUGCUGAAGUAAAAUUGAUCCUGGGCAGAAACAAAAAAAUGUAUCAAGUAUAAAAUGAAAUUGCAAUGACUUGAAUCUAUUUUACUGACCUUACUAUUUGUUCUAUGUUUGUUUAACUUGGGUUCAGGUCAGUGUUCUUAAAGCAGUGGAUAGUAUUAGGAUUUUACCUUUAAGCAAAUAGAUUAUGCCAUCAUUGAAAAAAACUGAUGAUUAGGUUUGGCACUGUGUAAGCAGUGGUUGAAGGGUUUUAAAUUGUAUUUAGCCAUUUUAAUUGCUGUAUAUAUUUAUUACAUGGAGCCAUUUGUGUGCGUGUGUACAUGUAACUUGGAGUUUCCUUCUUCCCUGCGAGUUUCCUUAGACCAGCUUACUGCAUCAAAGGAAGGUAGACCCUUUCUGCUGGAACAUCAAGUAUAAGACGUCAAAACGCCAGAAAAUAGCUUUUUUGUCUGCAUCCUGUCCAGCAUUGCAGUGUCAGAAACUUGAAAUUUGUCAUAUGCUUGUGACGUUUGGAUCAUCAGAUGAUUUUCAGAGCUACUUUUAAAGAUCCCUAACAAUCAUGGCAGCCAUGACCAUUUCCACACUUACCUUAAGGAGCCCCACCUGUCUUUCAUUCUCAAAGAACUUACCUAAGAGGGAACAAAAUGAAAGUUCUGGGGAUUUGUGCCUCUUGCUCACCAUAAAUAAUCACUGCAAUCACCUCAAUCUUUCUUUUUUCUUUCCUUUUUUGUAUGUUUGUGUGUGUGUGUGUGUGUGUGUGUGUGUGUGUGUGUGUGUGUGUAAAGUUUUAUUCUCCAAAUAAGCUACCCUGAAGAUAAAAAUGAGACAUUCUUGGUACUCUUUAUUUAAGCUUGUUUGGAUAAGUACUGAAUUAAAAUUCAAACCUCAUAGGAAAUUUGCCCUGAUGUGUUACGAAGGAGGAGGAGGAGGAGACACUAUAUUUCAACAAGUGAAACUUCUUAAUCAGUUUAAUGAAAUAAAGUUGAUGUAUUCCCAUGGUGGAUUAGACUUUGUAAUAAAGUGAUGUAUAGUUCACUGAUGACUCAUGCAGCAUUUAGCAUUUCGUUUCUUCAUGGGUAUGCUCAAGUUUACAAACACUUAAGUGCGGUGCCUGCAGGUAUUGACCAACCUAGAAUGCAUGCAUACUAACACUGAUGUUACAUGUUAAAUGUUGCAGAGGGUGUUUGUACCGUGAUUGAUCAGAGUGGAAGCUUAACAUGGUCAUGGAAAAGCAUGAAGUAAUGUGUCAGUAGCAGCUGUCCCUACCAGUCUGUGUCUUUGAAGUAAUGCUGUCAACUCUUCAAUUCUUCAAAAGGGAAAAUAAAUGCUGUUUGAUCACAUUUUG